UAUUGACAGCUACGAACAAAGGGCAAAUGUAAAAAUACAUGUCGACAGAGGAAAGAAAUUACUAUUGGUGCUUUGUGAUCCUUUUACUGGAAACUGGCAGCGUUAGAAUUGUUGUGGGAAAAAGUACGGCGUUCGAGUGCAAGUGCAAGGUGUGAACGUAUUUCCCCGCAAGACCGAAACAAAGAUGAUUGGGACGGAUUAACGUGUUGGCCCGCGGUACGCGGUGGCACUGUGUGGAAGCUCGUCUGUGGGUCGGCCGAGCCAAGCGAAGUGAAAAAUUAACUGGCUAAAUGUGUAACAGAAUCGAUAAAGCAAUCGGGUAGUUUACAAAAAAGCAAUGCAGAACGGACCGGAGAAGAACGGCAGCAUCGGAGACGGGCAGCAAACUCUGCCAUACGAUUGGCAAAUGUGUUAGAAAAUUAAUGCUCCACAGAGGCUAAAGGCUGUACGUAAUUUUAGCUCGUCCCACACAUACGCACACACGCAACACACAUACACACACAAGGCAGACGGGCAGGCAACUGAAAUGAGAAGAGGGGAAAAAACUGUCUAAACAAGCAAUUGUGGUCUGCCACCCCCCACCCAUCGUAGGGUAGUGGAAGAUUUUUGCUCACUCCGUACGACUCCUUUUGGCAAGCGGUAAUCAGAACGCGUGUAAAUUGUAAUAACCAUUCUGCAAAGCAACAUGAAUGAGAAGAAGAAUAAGUUGAAAAGUAGCGCUUGUAAAGCAAACCACAAUCCGCUAAAUUGUCCGCUAGAGAAGGCGGACGCGUCGGAAACGUAUCUGCUGAAGAUAAAAACAUGGAGCCCGGGCAAGCGGUCGCAGUGCUUCGUCACACUUUACCGCCACAGUAAAAGCAAUAUUUCCACGAUGCAACGCAAUUCCAACUCGCUUCGAACGCGCCUAUCGUGCUCGCAUAACUCCCUGACUGAUUCCAUAAAAAAUAAAGCAGACGAUUCGGUGUUCAUCACGCAAGCGAUGUCACACGAUGCAUUAGACGACAACAAAAUUCUUGAUUUCUAUAAUGUUCCUAUCGAUUCUGACAUCUAUACCACGCCAAUUGAUUUAAUAAGGAAUACCUACAACGCGGAAACGUCUUUUUAUCGCAACCGGAACGAAGCAUCACAGAGAAACAGUUGGAACAAUUUGUUAAACUACAGUGAACAGAUCAGCUCUAUUAAUGAGCGUAAAAACAACAAACCCCACAUUAUACUUGACAGAAAAUCAACCAAGGUGGUUGACAAACACACCAACAGUGAUAAAGCGGACAGCAAGCGCAACUCCAUCUCGCACGAGAUACGCGCUCAGUGCAAAAAGUCAAACUUUUCCGUAAAUCUUAAGCAAAAGUUUUGUAACAUUUUUCGAGUAAGCCGACAGCAGCACCACAAACCGUUCUUGGGCAACAAGCGCUCGAUCGUCGCCAGCAGAGCGAAAGAUAAUGCUGUGUGCGUCAAAGACAAAAAUGAAAGCGCGAUCGGUAAGAAAUUAAACACUCCACGGAAGCUGCCGCCGCUUCCUGCCAAUGAAUCUGAUUUAAGGUACCUAAUGGGUGAUACUAGCGACCAGAAGAAGAAAUCAAAUGAAAGGAAAUCGUCGAUGGACUUUACUGCAAGUAUAGAAAAAGUUCAAGAGUUCGGUUGGUACUGGGGUCCAAUAACGUCUGAAGGAGCGGAAAAAAUACUAUCGAACGAACCGGAUGGUAGCUUUUUAGUUAGAGACAGCUCCGACGACCAUUACAUAUUUUCUCUAACAUUCAAACUAAAUGGAACGGUGCGACACGUUCGAAUAGAUCAAUAUCAAGGAUCGUUUUCAUUCGGGUCCUGCGCUAAGUUUAAGUCUCGUACGAUAAUGGAAUUUAUAGAGAAUGCCGUGGAACAUUCAAGAAGCGGAAGAUAUUUGUUCUUUCUCCAUAGACGUCCGGAAUAUGGCCCCAUGCGUGUUCAAUUAACAAAACCAGUUUCGCGUUUCAAACAUGUGCAAAGCCUGCAACACAUAUGCAGAUUUGUCAUCCAUAAAACAAUCAAGCGAAAAGAUCUUAUUCAAGCUCUUCCCCUACCGAGAAGAGUUUUGGACUACUUGUGUUACAAAAACUGUCUUUCGGAGCGUACUGAAGUGGAUUUGCUAAGCAGCCUCGAAAAACCAAAUAUUGUACUCCGUUAGAAGUGAAGCGAAUGCACAUUUUUUCGGAUAGUGGAUGUAUAACAUAAUAUCGAAAAAAAAAACAAAACAAAAAAAACUGAAACAUAUAUAACCUACCCUCGUAAAACUAAA